CAAAUAUUAAUAUCGUUCAAAAUUAAGGUUUUCAGAAUUCUUGCUUUCUCUGUAAUACAGGGAAACCUACUGUGCUCGAUACUGUGCUAUUACGAUAGCAGCGCUUAGUGGUUAACAGAUGAUUUACGAAACUUUUGUUAGUGACUACAGAUCUGUAGUCACUGCUUUUGUGCUUCAUUAAUGGAUCACUCACAUCACAGGAGUUUCUAGUCCUAUACGACCGUGGUUCAAACUAGUAAUAGGAAAGAACGGUCAAAGAGAACGGGGAAUUUUAAUAAAUUUUGUAUUUUCUUAGUUAUUUCUAAUUUCGUAUAAAAAUUAGUAAUAGAAAAUUAAACACCGAAACAAUGAAAUAAAUGUAGAAAAAAGCGACGUAAUAAAUAAGUGAUUGUAAUAAAUGUAAUGAAAAAUGUAUCAUAAAAUAGUAUCCUGAUGCUUUGCUGGAAACUUCAUACUCUAAUCAAGGAGGGAACUGUCAGUACAUCGUAUAUAUCCGCUCACUUAGUGAAUGAAUUUUUGCGGAAUACGUACGUAGUUUACACGUUUAAAUCUGCAUUCUUCUAGAAUUUCUUUCGUUUGUUAACCAACAUUACAAUAGUAAUACAAGUUAUCGGUUGUGUAGCAUUUGUGUUCGAAAAUAACUUAAUGAACCAACUAUUGUAAAAAUUACAUUUUAUAUUUCAUAUUGAGAAUUGUUAAGUGCUGGACAAGAGCGCUUUUAAUCAAGUGGAGUACCAGACUGAAACAGGGGGCAAGAAAGGUCGUUUCAUUGUUUUGAAAAGUAUUUCGGAGAUUAAGUAUAGAAGUAGCAGACACUUUUACAAGGAACCGUAUAUCCUGAAUAUAAUGCGCAUAGAGAGUUUUGAAAAUAUGAGAUACUCGACGUUACAAGAACAAGAAUACGGAGUACAUUCACCCCAAAGUGGAAUAUCAAGUGAAAUGGAUGAAAUCAUAAUAAUUGAUGCAGAUAAUGUAGAAUCCAAAAAUGAUAGUCCUUUAGAAGAAGGCUCUGUAGUGUCUAAUCUUCCUCUUUUGUUUGCUAACGGAUAUCCAACAUCACUGGAAAGAAUCACAUUGGUACAAUUGGAACGGUUUGUAACGUUCAUGGUUCAGUGUUCAUUAGGUCAUGAUGCAACAGAAGCGAUCACUGAACCACAAUGGUGGCCAAAGGAAGUGAAAUUUUCAAAUCCUUUAACAAGACCUAACAGAGUCAAUGAAACUUGGAUGGCUAAUUUGAAGAAAUUAGUGUUCAGGUGUUACACAUACCACAGAAGCGAGUAUAUUUUAAGGUUUUGUUCGUAUCUUGCACGAUAUCCACACGAAGACUUAGAAUAUGUUAGCAACUGGGAUUCUACGACGAGUCUUUAUCACAAAAAUACUGGGAAAUUAUUAGUAACGUUUCGUAAUGAAAAUAUGAAUUAUGAUAAAAAAUAUGAAAGUCCACGAAAAAAGUUGCUGUCUUGUAGUGGAGUUGCUUCUUGCAACAACAAGUCGAAACAACAAGAGGAUAUUUAUUUAUGUGAUAAUUGCGAUGCUGAAUUUAUAGGUCUUGAAAAAAUGAAGGAACACGAACGUGUGUGUUGCGAACAAGAACAUAGAAGACAUAAUUCACCACGGCCCGUAACGCCAGAUGCAUCGACUGUCAAGCCUGAAUUAAAACAAGAUCAGUUCUUAGAAUACUUUCAGUUAUGUGCGAUUGGAAAAAAAUCAGAGACAGACAAAAGCAAAAACAACGAUGCUGCAGUAGAAAUGACUGUUGACGAUAGUAUCGUUAGACGAACUUCCCGUCGUGUUCGUGGAUCAAUCAAUUUUACAAGGUGUCCAACUAUCCCUUUUUCCUCUCCUGCCGGUAUGUUAUUAGCGAAGAGAUCAAAAGCAAUGACGGAAGAAAUACAAAAAGAAAGACUCGAGAGAAUAGAGAGACACCUUGUCGCUCCUGUUUUAAAUGAUUCAUCUAGACCAAAGUGGUUGGAAGCGGAAAAUGAUCGUGACAGAUGGAUUGUUACGCAUAAACCGAACCGUGAAAGAUCAGAACAUGAUUAUGUACAUGAAUACAAAUUUGUAAAUUCUGUUAAAACGAAACCAAUGUUGAGUAUAAAAUCGCAAUUAUUGUACGUUGUUUGUCGACCUGUUUAUGUUGUUCUGACACGCUUGACUCAAAAACAAAUAAAUGAUUUCGAACAAGAUCCAUCAAAAUAUCGAUGUUCCGUGCGAGACGUUUCAGUCGAUACACAAAGAAACAAAAUCAAGAAAGAGUAAGACCAAAUAAGUAUCUCUUAUAUACGUAUCAAUUUCUUCAAUUGAUGAAAAUGAUUCGAAUGUAGUAGAGGAAAACGAAGAGAGAGGUAGUUAACAGCGUCGGAGACGAGUGUUGGAUACAUAAUUCAUUUGAAAACGACAAAUCCUUAUGACAAAAAUGUUACGAUUAGAAAAUGGUUUUCCGCGAAAAAUAUCAAGAGAAACCAGUUUUGCGGUAAUUGACUUUUGCCCCUCGAACGACGAUGCGAAUUCGGGUAUCCUGUUCGUGUAUCUUUCGAUGAAAAUACAGAGAUACACCUAAUUUCACCUAAAAUCUUGUAUUCGUUCGAUGAAAUAGAGGGGCUAUCGAAUAACAUUUUACAUGACAGUAAUGAACAGUAUGUGUGUAUACAGGUAUUGUAGUGCAAUCCUGAAUACGACUACGAAUCCUUCUUCGAUUCUUAUGUCAGCACCAUGAAACGAUAGUAUUCCGGUACAUAACAUUAGUUACAUGUACGUUACAUUUCUUACAAUAUUUAUUAUUUUUAUUUCGUACGAUUAUUGAAUAUUAAAAACUUACAUGAUUUAAUUAUUUACAAUGAA